GAAGAGCGAGGGUGGGUCUGUCUGACGAUGCUCACUCGUCCCCGGGCGGCCCGUCAUGGCGACCCUGGGCCAGCUGGUCGCAAACAGUUUGUGGUUCGCCUUCGAUGCCCUGGAUCAACAGAAGACCGGAGUCGUGCCUAAAAGCAAACUAAAGGUGCUGACACAGAAUGUGGGAGUGCUCCUCAGGGUGGACAGACAUGUGGAAAACUGUAUUGAAGAAUAUCUCAGCUGUAAACACCUGAAUUUUGAGCAGUAUCUUUACUUCCUUACCCAUGAGGUAUUGGCGGAAGCAGAUGAUGGCUCAACACCAUAUGGAGAACUCAAGAAGCACCAUGACACCCUAGAACACAAUUUUUGGCUCCUGGGCCGUGGCACAGUUCUAAACCGACAUUUUCCUGUGUUUUCCGAGGAGGCCGUCUUCAAACUGUUUCGCAUGUUUUGCCUCCUUGCAGACCGAUCACCAGCAAGAAAAAGUCUUUUGCAGGUGACGCUAAAUAUUGUAGAAGUGAGGGAAGUCACACGGCAACUGAUCACAAGUCUAGGACGGGAAUGGGACAUUCGUGAUUUUACUCAAUUAGCAACAUCAAUAUCAUGCUUCACAUUUCCUGUCUUCCUCGCUUUUCGAGGUCGAUACGCACAAGAUACAGAAUCCCCAGCACUAGAAAAAGCAGUUGAUGAAGUUUACAAGAAUUUUGUUGAACAAGUUCUGAAACAGGGAAAAGUUUACCAGAGAGUAUCAUGGGCACCAAUAUGGGUGAAGCGUGAAAUAGAACUACGACCUUGGGCACUGGUUGCCUCUAGCCAUAAAGUUAAAGCACGAUCAGCAGUGCUAGCAAAGGUUGUGGGCCUUGCUAGAGUGUAUCUCACUCCCUCGGCUACAGUCCACAACAUUCCUGAUGAGCCUGGUGUGAGGCCUUGUAGAUUUACACUCUGCUUAGAGAGCAACAAACUUGUUCAACUUGCUGCCACUGAUCACAGGAGUAAAUCUGAAUGGUUACGAGCUCUUGAUGCUGCCAUACAUCAUUCCAAACAAACUCUUCCAUAUCAAGCAAUCAUGUCAACUGUUAGAAAAAAUGAACAUGCUGAAGAAGAAGCACGAGAAAUUGCUGAGCGUAUUCGACGAGACUCACAAGCAGAUAUUAUUGAAAAUACUCAGGCUGAGCUCAUGGCAGAGAAACUGGCUCGAGCACAAGCUGAGGCAGCUGUUCGUGAGGAGACUGCAGCUCGUCAAGCAGAAGAGAAAAGGGUAUUGGAACUUCAAACUCUGAGACGUCAACUGGAAACAUUACUUGAGGAGGAAACUCAGGCAAAACGUGAUGAAGAAAUUGUUAGAAACCUUCAAGCAAGAGUUCUGCGUGAGGAAUGGGAACGAAGAGAAGAGCUUGAGCGUCUUCAAGAGGACCAGAGAAGGAUGUUGGAGGAGGAGACAAAGAAACGACAAGCUUUUGAGCUUCAACAAGAAGAGAAAGAUAGCCAACUCAGAGAAGCUGAGAAGCGUUUGCGGAAACUGGAAAGUGAGAGACUAAGACUGGACCAUGAACUGCGUAGUGCCAGAGAGAAGAUUAUCAUGUCUGAGCGUGGCAAAGAACUCUUGGAAGCUAGGAUGAAGGUCAAGGAGAGAACACCACCAGUCCGCACAUAUUCACUCAGGCCAAUACGAAAAGAACGUGGAACACCCCCAGUCAGAUCUUCAUCAUUUAAUGUUCAUGCAGCACGACUAUUCAAGUUUCGUUCCAAAAAUGAGGACACUAAUGAUAAUGGAAAUGGAAACAGCAACGGUACAGUAGAGAGCAAUUGAAGUUUAUCAAUGAUGAAAAAACAAGCAGGUUCAAAUGAAAUAAAGUUUUGGCAUAUUACAAGUAAUUUUUAUGUACCAUAUUCUUUAAUUCUCAUUUAAUUAUGAAAGAAGAUGCAUAAACAAUAAUGGAUGGGGACUCAAAUUGUGGUCCAAGUGGGUAGCAAGAUCAGUGAUUGAAGUCUCUGUCCAUUGUGCUUUUAAUUCAUUGACAUUCAUUCAUUACUACUAUAUUGGGAUUAUGAAAUACUGUGUUUGGCAAAGAAAGGUAGUAUUUGCAAUACAAUAUAUGAAUUUAAAUUUUAAGCAAUAUAGACUAGACUAACUUUGGAAAUAUGAUUACAAUGUUAACUGCUCAAAUUGUUGUGCAAUAACAGUAUUUAUAUAAAAUAAGUUAUUCUUUUUAUUUACUGAUCAAAAGAUUUUUUUUUUAAAUAUUUACAGUAUGUAAUUUAGCUGCAUUAUGUGGGUAUGUAAAUACUGUACUAUGUUUCAUGCAUCAUGAAAUUACAACUUUGGCAGCUGGCCACCAGUGCUCUACUUCCUGCUCUUCUAUUAGUGCCAUUUGCCUUAUCAAAUUAUGAGUAAAUAUUAGCACCCAAGCUUUAUUUGCAAAACUUUUGCACACCAUUAUCAGUACCAUGAACUUUUUUGUAUGUAUUGUAUACCAUAGGUUACUACUAGUCAUUUGUGGCUGCCAUUAAAGUUACGAGUCUCCUCCCUGAAAUCGUAUGCGCACAUUUUACUGUGCUUUAAUAUAAAUUCAUAAAAAAGGCUUUAAAAAUAUACUUUGCCCUUCCCCCUCAAACACAUUUUGCAGACAUUUUAAUACACAUUUAUAAGAACUUUGUGUACUGUUCACAUAGAGGAGACCCCAUUUAUGUGCCUAUACAGUAAUGUUUGUCUAGGAUGCAAAAUAACCAUAUCAAAAAUGAGUGCUAAACCUGUAUGGGUCAUACAGCACUAUAUCUAAGAUGCAAGCGUAUAUGUUGUAUGCAAAGCCUAUGUAAUAAUAACUGAAAAAAUUGAGCAUCUAUGUCUAAACUAAUUUCCAUGCACAAUUAACAGCCACCACAAGUACAAUCAUUCUUAUACAGUACAGUAUUGUACAUCAUUUUAAAUACAGUACAUUAAUGUACACAAUCAUUAAAAACUUAAAUAAACGAGGUGCCUAACCAAAUACUAAAACUGUACUUUUUAUAUAUUGGCCAAUAUGUUUGUAAAUCACAAUAAGUGGUUAGGCAGUGUGUCUGCUAUUUCUUCAUAUAUUACACUGUAUUGAUUGAUUACAAGUGUUCUAACCAUCCCAUGUAUACUGUAUAUACAAUAUAAGGCAUUUUCUCCUGAUCAGUUUAACCUUUUAAGGGUCAUGACCCUUGCCCUCCAACUUGCUCUCAGGAGUGCAAAAUUUUCAAAAAAAAAAAAAAAAAAUGUGAAAUGGUAGAGAAUCUUUUUCUCGAGGAAAUAAAACAAAAAGUACAAAAUUUAAUGGAAAACUGACGAAAUUAUGCUUUUGUAAAUUUUGCUGUGUCAGGAGUAUUUACGCAUCAGCGAUUUCCUCCACUUUGAGUCCAAUUUUAGGCCAAUAACGUUGUUCCAGUUGACCAAAUUCUUAGCUAUUUUGCUUGUAUGUCUUCCAUUUUGUUAACUGAGCACAAGAAAUCACCCAUUCAACUACCCAAUAAAGUGAUCAGAAAUUGGUACUUUGGCCAAUUUCACACAAGUUCAAAAUAUUCCAAUUUCAAAACAGGGUCCAAAAUAAACAAUGCAGGCAUUCCUGGCACUAAAAUAACAUUUUCUCUUCAAUAGUUACGUUUUCAUGAAUUCCAUUUUGAUUGUGAAUAAAAAAAGAAUUUUUAUUCACACAAAAAAAUAGAAGAUUUACUGUUAUGCAAUAUUGUAAAAAUUGUACAUAUAAAUAAUAUCAGCACAUUCAUAAACACACAUUAGACCCACCAGUUGACGUGUAUUGGAUGCAUGACGUGAUUUGUUUACUCUUGAACAUCAGCAAAAAUAAAACAUUUCCGCUAUUUUGAACUCAAUUUCAAGCUAUUUUCAGUCCUAAAACCAAUCUCUAUUUCUGUAAUAUAUCUUCCAUUCUAUCAAAUGAGACCAAGAAACUGAGAACAGAACCAUAAAAAAAAACACAUGAAAAUACACUGCAAAGUUGCUGUUUUAAACCAAAAACACAGUCGCAGUUUUUUUCCCCGUUAUGCACUGCUUGCUGCAAGAUUUUUUUUGUAUGGUGCAUACUUACUGCACAGACCCAUUCUCUUAUAUCUAGGCCAAAAUUUACUGCUCACAGCUUAUCCGAGUGAGCUGAGCUCAUGGUGUAGUACUACAGGACUGACAUUGGUUUCAAAGCUGUAGUAUAACAGGACCGACUUCAAAAGGGCUAAUAAAGCUGGAGAGUGCUACAAUGCAUUAAUCAUUACUAAGAAUCAGGUACCAUAAUGCUAAUGUCAGUCUUCUAGUUAAUCUAAAAAGUUAAGUUUAGUUUACCAUCAACAUCUUGGUCCCAAUGAUUUCAAAUUCAUGAAGCGACACCGUAAGUACACUCUCACAUUAAAAAUAUACUGUUGAAAUUACAUAAUUUACUAACUGCUUUAAAUACUACUCUUAGUAGUGACAUACACUGGUUGCAGUUCAUGUAAACUUUAUUCAAAUAAGAAUAUGAACCUACCAUAGAAGUGGCUGCUGGUGCAGUUCAGCAGUUAGAUAUAGCUAAAUAAGUAUUUUGCUUAACUGUUAUACUUUUUUUUUUUUCAACAAGUCAGCCAUCUCCCACCGAGGCAGGGUGACCCAAAAAGAAAGAAAAUCCCCAAAACGAAAAUACUUUCAUCAUCAUUCAACACUUUCACCUCACUCAUACAUAAUCACUGUUUUUGCAGAGGUGCCCAGAUACAACAACUUAGAAGCAUAUAUAAAGAUAUAAUAUAAAAAGUGACCUGAAAUAAUAUAAUAAACUCCAUAUAGAAUAUAAUAUCAGGGCCCCCAAUUAUAUAUCUCCAAACUGCCAAUAUCUCAAACCCCUCCUUUAAAGUACAGGUAUUGUACUUCCCAUAUCCAGAACUCAAGUCCAGCUAUAUAAAAAUAUGUAACCGGUUUCCCUGAAUCCCUUCACUAAAUAUUACCCUGCUCACACUCCAACAGCUCGUCAGGUCCCAAAAACCAUUCGUCUCCAUUCACUCCUAUCUAACACAUUCAUGCACUUAGUAUUUAUUUAUUUAGUGACCAAAAAGUUCUUGUUUUACUCAGUGUAGGACUAAUGAGAACCUAUUUAACUGGGUUCCUAAAUUGUAUACAGUGGAACCUUAAAAAUCGAACUGCUCCCAACACGACCAAUCAUGUAAGUGUAUUUUUGUAAGUGCUUUUAUAAGUGUAUUUUUGAGGGUCUGCAAUGGACUAAUCUAAUUUAUAUUAUUCCUGAUGGGAAUAAAUUCAUUCGGUAAAGGCACUCGAACAGCCUUCUGGACCGAAGAAAGUUCGAUAUUUGAGGUUCCACUGUAUUUAUAUUAUAUAUUUACUAGACAUUUUAAAGGUGAGAGUGCCAGAUCCUAAGAUACCAUCUUAAAAUACUUAAUAUGAAAAUACUGCACAUCAUAUUUAAUACUGUGUCUUCAUGGUAAAAAACAGACCUGUAAAUAUUUACUGUAAAAGUUCUGGAUUCAUGACAAUGUAUACAUUGUUUGGAGCUUGAAUAUGUUGUAAAUUUUAAAACCAAUGCUAUGUUUAUGCAUACAACAUUAAUGCUAAUUAUGUCACACUUCAAGUGGAAAUACUAUUACACAUCCAACAGGCAGCAGAAAUACCCAAGAACUGGUUCAAUAUUUUACAAUAAGAGUGAGAAAUAUUUAGAAAAGAAAUGUAUUUCUAAAACAACUGUGUCGGAAUCCAAAUAAAAGUUUUGUAGUGCUUUCUUUUACACAAAAUUUUGUACUGUAUAUUGAAUUUAUUAGGUUACAUAAAUUCUCCAGCUGCAUAAUUACUGUAAAUAAAUUAUACAAGAAACAGGUUAAUAUAUUUCUAAUUAAAAAAUCUUUGAUAAAGUUCCCCAUAAUAGAUUAUUUGGCCAAUAAAUGCAGAAGGCAUAAGAGAGAGUAUAAUAGUUCCAAUGGAUGGCUUAUUUUGUUUGAAAGGAAAAUGAAAAGAGUAAGAGGAGGAAAGUAGGAUACCUUGGUACAGACCUGACCAAGCUGUAAUAAGGGUCGUGAAAGUGACUAUUGGAGUUAGAGCAGCAUAAGCACACGGAAAUAAAACUGGGAGUACUGUGCUAUGCAUAAGGAGUAACUUCACGUGUCAUUCAAAGAAAAGGGACAACAAGUGGACAUCAUUCCCAAUCUGUCUCUAAAAAGGCACAAACAGAAUAACAUCAGUGGCAUAUUUGUGAUCACUUUUAAGGGUUCUACUCUUUCAGCCCAAAUUUAGGUUAGUCUUCCUGUUGACUUGCAAUCCAUGGGCAGUUACUGCCCAUGGACUGCAAACCUUUACUUGUAACCAGUUUUGACAGCUCAUACCCUUGCAACACAACCUGAGGCCAGGCUUCCCUGGGCCAAUUAGGCUAUUUGUGCUAGUGACCUGAAGGCCCCUAUUAUUAUCACAACUUAGCUGAUCCAGCACUUGUAGGUGUCAAACUUCGUGAAAACUUAAAUCAUUGUUCCUGUAAUAUUUCUGAUAUCUGUUGGUAAUGUGUUGAGUCUUGGGCUACGUAUGUUGAUACAAUGUUCUCUGUACCCAUGGCCCCAUUGCUUUUCACUUCCUCCCAUAUCUUUCACUACAUGCAAUUUUUAUAGCAGUGUGUGGGUUAGAGACCAGGCUUUCAAGUACUGUAUUUUCCGUUUAAAUAUUUAUCAGGUAUCUCAUUUUGUUCGAGAGAGAACAAAUAAGUGUUUUGACAUGUUCCCAAUAAUUAAGAUAUUUUACUGAUUCUAUACAGGUAGUUUACAUCCUCUGCACAUUUUUCAGUUUCUUUACCUUUUAACUUAAAAGGCACUGUGAGCACAAAACAAUAUUCAAGACAUGAGAGCAAGACUGAUUUGAAAAGUUCCAUCACUGGCAUUCCUUCUCUUGCUUUGAAAGUUCUCAUACUCCACACAAUUAUUUUCCUGACCUUUGAUGCAUUUGCAUUACUGUGUUUUCCAGAUGACAGAAUAUGACAUAUUACUUUGAUUUUUUUUUUUUUUUUUACAAUACCUGUUCUUUACCUGUUCUGUAUGCAUACUAUGCUCAUUUUAAGGUCUUCAUUCCUCCUAUACCUAAGCAGUUGAAAUUUACCAAUGAACAUCAUGUUAGUUUUCAUUUGCCAAAUGGAAAACUGUGUUUAUAUCUAUCUAUAGUUUUCUUUAUCUAUGGCUCAGGAUACUUUCAUACUUAAAGUGGUUAGUUCAUUUCUGUGACAAGAAACAGUAACAGUACUAGGAGUUAAGAGCUCUUUACUCUGCUGAUACAUCUGUUUUGUGUACUACCAUUCUAUAUUCUAUCUUAGAUAAUUGAAUGUCCAUUUUCCUACCUUUUCUGUUAUACCUACUGACCUCAUUUUAUGAGCAAUUAUUCCAGGGCCACAUUUAUCAAAUGCCAUGGCACAAUCCAUGUAGGUUACAUCAACGUUUUGUUUUACUCCCAAGCACUUUGUAAUUCUGUCAAUGUGAUCUAAUGGCUGUGGAAUGUAGGAUCUUCAUGCUUAUUAUAAAGUCAUGUUGCUAACAUAGUCAUACUAUAGAAAUAAAAUGGUAUAAAAUACCGACACAAUGGAAAUAUAAACACAUAUGCAGUAUAAUGUGAUCCUUUAUUGACUACGUUUCGCCCACACAGUCCCACAUAAUCCCUUGUAAUGACUGCAACAAGUUAUACGUUGGUGAAACAUCAAGGGACCUCCAAACACGUAUUUCAGAACACCAAUACGCAAGCAGGUCUGACGACACAAGGAAUGCCUGCGUACAACACCGUAAUUCACACAACCACUUGAUAAACUACAGAAACUCAAGACUUAUCGCCACAGAAGACAACACUCAAUACCGAAGAAUCCUGGAAUCAUCACUUAUUUCUAUAUCCGACAACUUCAACCAGAAUAGUGGCUUCUAUAACAUAGCUGAACCACUUGCCAAGAAGCUUCUUCAUCGCUAUCCCACAUAAGAACACUGUAGAAGGUCUGCUCACAAACUUGUCCAAUCUCCUUUCCAAGCUACCCAAGAUUUUACUCUAUAACCCCACUCGGUACAUCAUCAGAUGCAGCAUUCUCCACCUGACCUCAGCACUCUGAACCUGACUAUAAAUACUCGCGUUCCUUCCACCCCAGGUAGUUCUGUUUGUGACUUGAAAAAGCCCACUGUGUGGGCGAAACGUAGUCAAUAAAGGAUCACAUUAUACUGCAUUUUUUUUUUUUUUUUAUUAUCACACCGGCCGAUUCCCACCAAGGCAGGGUGGCCCGAAAAAGAAAAACUUUCACCAUCAUUCACUCCAUCACUGUCUUGCCAGAAGGGUGCUUUACACUACAGUUUUUAAACUGCAACAUUAACACCCCUCCUUCAGAGUGCAGGCACUGUACUUCCCAUCUCCAGGACUCAAGUCCGGCCUGCCGGUUUCCCUGAAUCCCUUCAUAAAUGUUACUUUGCUCACACUCCAACAGCACGUCAAGUAUUAAAAACCAUUUGUCUCCAUUCACUCCUAUCAAACACGCUCACGCAUGCCUGCUGGAAGUCCAAGCCCCUCACACACAAAACCUCCUUUACCCCCUCCCUCCAACCCUUCCUAGGCCGACCCCUACCCCGCCUUCCUUCCACUACAGACUGAUACACUCUUGAAGUCAUUCUGUUUCGCUCCAUUCUCUCUACAUGUACUGCAUAUGUGUUUAUAUUUCCAUAGUCAUACUAUACUUAUUCAUACAAGAACAGCUUUCAGGACUGAAUAAGGAAUCCUUCAGAAUGCUACACACUACAUGUGUUAUAGUAGCCACAAGACCAGCUAAAAUGCAAAUCCUGAAAAUUCAGCUAUGAAAUUGCAAUUAGGUGCAGUAAAUCAUGUACAGUAUCCUGUUUUCCAAUAAUCAACAAAAUGUCAGAUCUAGUUUCUCUGUUUUGGGGAACUCCAAUUCAUAGUUAAUGAACUGAUGUGGUGAGGAUGAAGAGAAUUAUAAGCUGGCAGGGAGCAGCCCACUGGGACAUGGUAUUCAUGAUUCUAUUAAUAUUUUGUUUAGCAUUUUUAUGUUUCAUUAAGAAUAUACAUUCAAUAUCAAUAGCAAUUACACUAAUUUAUAAAAAUACAGUUUUAUAAAUACUGUAUUCUGAUGUUUUAUUAUUUGUUUUUUUUUGCAAUUUAAUUUCUUUAACAAAAACUUGCUGUACUCAUGCAGCACAAAGUUAGCUUAAUUUAAAGGACAUCAAGUUAGCACCACAAUUCUUAAUAAUCAGGAAUUGUUAAAUGCUUCAGGAAACUGUAUACGCAAGAGAGGAAUGGCCUGAAGCACAUGUUAUGUCAUAUUCAUUUCAUGAAGUCCCAAAAGCAAUUCAUUCAACAGGUCACUAUCAUGUACAGCAGAUGCUCCUGUGUAGCAUCUAGCAAUACAAACCUGAAUAUUACAUGAAUAAAAAUCACGUUCAAUAUUAGCAAUAAUACAAAUUUAAAAAGCAUAUUUUUCUUUCAUAUACUGUACUGGUAAGUUUUCAUCAGUUUUACACAUCUGAAAGUAAUAAAAUUCCCAAUACCCCUGAUAUGUGGUUCAAUUGUGCUAAUGUCCAUAAAAAAAGAAAUUAAAUAAAUGGUUUUGCUAUGCA